GUCGCCUCUCGCAAUCCAUCUCGACGCAUCCGCAUCGGCACCCGCAUCUGCAUCUUACAUCACCGUCCCCUCGUCCCGCACCGCAUCACCACCAACGACGCAAUGGCUGGAGGCAAGGGCAAGUCUUCUGGAGGAAAGAGCUCCGGCGGUAAGACGAGCGCCGACGGAAACAAGAAGCAGCAGAGCCACUCGGCCAGAGCUGGCCUUCAGUUUCCCUGCGGUCGUGUCAAGCGUUUCCUCAAGCAAAACACCCAGAACAAGAUGCGAGUCGGCGCCAAGGCUGCCGUGUACGUCACAGCCGUCCUCGAGUAUCUGACUGCCGAGGUGCUGGAACUGGCAGGCAACGCCGCCAAGGACCUCAAGGUCAAGCGCAUUACUCCUCGCCAUCUCCAGCUGGCCAUCCGCGGUGACGAAGAGCUCGAUACGCUGAUCCGUGCUACCAUCGCCUUUGGUGGUGUGCUGCCUCACAUCAACCGCGCCCUCCUCCUCAAGGUCGAGCAGAAGAAGAAGGCCAAGGCUCUGGAAGCGUAAACGCCUUCGAUUUGCCUCUCUCUCUCCUCUCCCGCGCACGAAU